ACCCACCAAUGAGGAAGAGCUGCUUUUUACGAACGGGAGAAGUGGGUCUUGUGUGGAAACAGCUGAGCUCAGGGAGCCGGAGUCCGAGAGUUGGGAGCGGGCCGGGUCCUGUGUGAGCCAGGCUGGAGCGGCGGCUGUCCGAAUGAAUUACAAAUUGCCUUAAUUUGUAAUUGCCUGAGGACCUAUGUUUGAUUCACCUAGCUGCUCAAAAUGGAGGUUAUUCGGGAACCGGAUAUUUCAGGCAACUAUGAGCUUUCAGUUUCCCAUAAAAGCAAUGGAAAAAUAGGGAAGGAAAACUUUAAAAAUCCUUUCGAAUGUCACCUGCAGGACAAGGAAAAGCUGUCUGUGGGAGAUAUUAAUCUGACUGAAUCUCAGAAGAGCAAACUUCCAGUACUGGCAAAAACCAAGGCACCCCCAGACUUCCAGAAAAUGCACCAGGCCUGGCAGAACCAGUUUCAGAAGGGCAAAGCUUUGAGUAAAAAAUCUUGUACCCGUCCUCAACCUUUCAACUUGUCGCAAAAAGGAGAUCGGUUCCGUGUGACGGCUAUCACAGAUAUUGGACAGUCUGCUACUCUUUCCAACACCAAUCAAUGUCAGAAUCAACUGACUGGCUGUGCAAACAGAGAGCCAUUAACUGAAGUCUGCCUUGGCCAGAAAAGUCUCAGAAAAAACAUUGCACAUUCAAAAGAUCCGUCUGAGGAUGAAUUUAAGGCUGAUCCAGCUGCUCUGGCUAGCAUACUCUCUAAUGCUGGGGUGUCCAAUGUUGCUGGUGGCAUAAUGGGAAAGCUCAGCCUAGCACAGAGGGUGCCAGUGAAAAUAUCUGCUACAUCUUCAGUCAGCAAUGCCAAGGGCACAAUGGUCAGAAGUUCACUUUAUACAAUGCGUAGUAGCCAAGCAAAGUGCACUAAUUUAGAAAGGAUGUCCUGCUUCUCCAGGUUGACAACAAAAGGUGAAAAGCAGAGAGUUCCCUUUAGACCAGAGCAAGCAUCUCAACCAUUUGAUAACAUCUUGAAAUGUUUAACAUCUAAGGAUGAUUGUAUUCUUCAAUCCCAGGUGAAUCCUGUCUUACAGCAGAUGAACCAACCUCUUCACGUACCUGUUACUAGUAAACCACCUCAGCCAGUCACCCAAUCAGAUGUUUCAACAAAGCCCCAACUUUUGCCUGAUCAGAGUAAUGUGGUUAUCAAGAAAUUUGAAUCCUCGACAACAAUGUGCCAAGAUACUGGAGAGAUACUGCCUGUGGUGGAAAGUGCUUCGGUUAAAGAUACUCAUGACAAACUGAUAUCAGAUCCUGGAUUUGGAGAAUUUGUUGCAGAUUCCCAGGCUUUGGCCAGCAUUCUUUCAAACACAGGAGUGACUGUAAACAAUGAUGGGAAACUAAGCCUUGCGCAAAGGGUUCCUUUGCAAGAAAACCCAUUGUCAAUGAAAAAUGGCACGGUAUCUUUAGGGAGUGUGGUGGGAAAGGAGAAGACCCCAAAGCCUGCAUUUGGGCGCAUGUCUAAUGUUCCUCUUAAAGAUGCGAAGUUCAGUCCAUGCCGUGUUCUUAAUUCCAACCAAACGCCAAGCACCUCACCUUGGGGUUCUGCCAGACGAAUCCAUAAAGUGAAAUCCUCUACCAUGACAUUCUCUCAAGCCUUCAGCUUUAAUGUGAGGCAACCAGUGUUUCAUAAAACCCCCAAAGCACUUGCUGUGGAAAUGGCAAACAAGCGUUUUGAAGCGAAGUUCCCUGAACCUCAGGCAUUGAUGACAAAGUCUUCUGUGAAGUGGGCAGAUCAGCCAUCUCCUACCGCUGUUCCUGAUUCCUUAUUUGAAAAGGAAUCUAGCCUGGAACAAGUGGCAGUUAGACUCUUCCCUGAUGCAGAUUGUACUGGAGACAUAGACAAAAAGGAGGAAAUACCAUUCAAUGUGUUAGAUUGUGCAGUGAGCAGUGUACCAUGCACAAAAGAUGAGGUGGUGUCUGAAAAGUCAACUGCUGCUGAUGAUCGCCAAAUAAAGCAAUUGCACCAAGAACUUGCACCUUUGAGCAUACAAGAGCCAAGAUCAACGCUUCUUACUGCUCCUAGUCCCAGUAUAGAGCCGAAGCUAGGAACCAGUUUGCCACUGACCUUUCUUUCUCAUCCGGCUGUGCAAGCUCUUAAAUUUAACAAUUAUGGCCCUCGUUCUUUGCCCCAUAUUGCACAAAUGCGCCUACAAGCGACAAUGUCUGCAAAGAAGAGAUUCUGGGAUACCUGUUUAGAUGAUGAAUGUGCUUUCUACACUUCUUUCGGGGGUUCUGGCUCUUCACGAAGUUGUGAUGACCCUGUAGCCAGUUCUCUGGAAAAGCAGGAAAACAUGCACUUUAUUCCUAUAUCACCUGGAGAGCUUGGGUUUGUGAUGAAUAGCCCUGUUAAAGGAUCUGAGUGCUGUCUGACUGUACAGAAAUAAAACAAAUGGAAAUAAACUACAUGGACUGCUGCAUAUAAACUAAACAGACCUGGAAUAUACAGUACAACCAGUUCAAUAUUGAAGCUCACUUCGUGCAUUUUUGUGAAGCUUGAUGCGGUGCAUCCCAAGAAAGACUUGUGUUGUGCCUUCAUAUCUUUAUAAAAGUCUGUUUAUUUGUAAAUAUCCUUGCUCAUUGCUUUCCCUACCCUUUAUGAUUUUUUUUAUUAAUGUGAAAAUAAUAAAACACUAUUUAUA